AUGGGCCCCAUGAUGUCCUUGCAGCAGCAGCUUCAGCGUCCCCAGGCUGGCCCCUACGGCCAAGGACCCAUGCCCCCCCAGGCAGCUCACCACAUGCAGGUAUACAAUCACUAAUGGAGCUUAACAAUAACAAUGCAUUAUAAUCACUAUCAAUACUACAAAUGAAUGCAAGGAUUAAAUGUAUCAGGAGUGUACUGUAUUUAUAAAGGCUGUAUUUUGAGCACAGACCAUGCAGGUGGGUAGGCAGCUCAACCCAGCUGCCCUCCAGCAGCUGCAGCAACAGCAGCAGGCCCAGCAACAAGCCCAGCUCUCCCAGCUUGGUGGCCCCCGUCCCCCCUUCAACCCUUCUGGCCAGAUGCCUGUACCCUCCGGCUGGAACCAGCUCCCCUCAGGGGUCCUCCAGCCCCCGCCAACCCAAGGAGGACCCAUGGGCCCAGCCUGGAGGAAGGCCCCUCCCCAGGCCCAGAUGACUCAACGUCCCCCCUCGCUGGCUACGGUCCAGACCCCCAGCCACCCUCCACCUCCGUACCCGUUUGGUAGCCAACAGGCUGGCCAGGUGUUUAAUGCUAUGGUGCAGGGGCAGCUCCAGCAACAGCAGCAGCCAGGAGCUGGUCAGUUUGCGGCCCCCCAGCCUAAAGGUCCACAAGGUGGGCAUGGAGGGGUGGCAGGACCCCCUAGACCUCCACCACCUCUGCCUCCUUCAGCAGGGCCUCAGGGAAACCUCACAGCCAAGUCUCCUGGGUCUUCACCUUCCCCCUUCCAGCAGGGUUCUCCAGGGACUCCUCCCAUGAUGGGUCAGGCCCAGCUGGGCCUGCGACCUACGACCCCACAGGGUUUCCCUCAAGGGGUGGGCUCACCGGGCAGGGCGGUACUGGGACAGCAGGGUAACAUGCAGCAAGUGUUCAUGGGAAUGCCCCAACAUGGGCAGGCUGGACCUCAGGUUCAUCAAGGAGGAAUGGGAGGUAAGAAAUUGAACUACUGCAGAUGAUUACAAAUUAUGCAUUCACUUUCACAGGUUUGUUCCAUGGCCACAAAAGAUCUCCUGAAGCAUUGCCUUUAUUAGUUAAAAUUACUUAUUAGUUAGUAACACAAUUCAUGCUUAAAUCAAAGUAAUAUUCAGACAUUUAAAGUGUAAUACAGACUUACUACAAUGACCAUGUAUGCUGGGCUGAUGAAAUUCCCCACGGUUGUGUUUGAUCACAGGCAUGCCCAAUCGUCUGCCCAUGGGGUUCCCUAACGUCCCAGGGAACCAGAACUUUGUCCAGGGUCAAGUGACUAGCGCCCCAGGAACCCCUGGGGGAGGAGCCAAUCCCCAGCUCCAGAGCACCCAGGCAAUGGCACACACAGGUACAAGACAAUAGAUCAGCACAGUUAAAACGAUACCUUUCAGCUAUAUACGAGAGAAAAGGGUUAAUAGCAGGGUCGUUCCAUUUGAUUUCAAUCACUUUUUGACCGCACACCAGUAAAAUGUUAUUUGAAUAGAAAUGUUAACUUCCAAUUACUACCACAAAGAUGGCCACCGGUCCACCCACUGUCGAAUGUCAACUUAAAUGGUAAUGUCUAUUAUCUAUAUUUCUAUGGUUUCAUAUGGAAGAUUGACAGUGUAAGUUAAAACAACUGAUAUUUUCAUACAAGUCAACAUUCUCUGAUGUGUGGACCUCCAACCAUCUUUGUGGUACCAUUUGAAAGUUGAAAUGUCAAUGCUAUUCCCAUUUUAGUGCAUUUAUCAGCCAAAGUAUGACACCCACCCUGUAUUCAAGAGCAUGCUCUGUCUCAACCGAUGGCGGGCACAACAGACACCUCAGAUUAUGUACAAUGGGGUCUAAAUUACAACGUAUACGAAAAUGGAAAACAAUUGCAGUUUGCACGUUUUUAGAUAGCUGAUGUUAAAGUUUUUUUAAAUAUAUAUAUAUAUAAAACCUAUUUUUUUCAAGAAAUUAUCAAAUAGUUUGACAACCCUGUUUGUAAGCUUUUAAAUUAUAUCAAACUCAACCAUUGUAUUUUUUUUUUUUACCAGUGAUGAAGACAUGGAUGUCUCAUGGUAUGGUGGGGUGUGCAAAAUGAGUCAACUUUGGGCACCUCUAUCUCCUGAAUGUUUUGGCAUUCAGGUCUAAAAAGUCACUUUCUGACCACUUCUACUAUGGGCAAGUAUGUAUGGAAAGUUUUUAGUUAAAAUCCAAAGGGGUGCGGUCAAAAAGUGAUUCAAAUCAAAUGGACUGACCCAGCAGACAAUACAGUGAUUUGAUUUAGGCUGUAUCAUGCCAACUUCAGUGUCAUUCUCUUAUGAUCUGAUUUCAGGGGCCCAGUCAUCAGUCUCCAACCCCAACACCAUCCAAGGUCCAUCCCACUCCCAGCCCAACGUCAUUGGCCUCCACAGUGGCAUGGACGGCCAGCCCCCAGGCACUACCUCAGGCCCCAGUAUGGGCCAGCCCGGCAUCCAGACCCAGAUGAUGGGCCUCCAGGGCCAGCCUGUGUCCUCGUCCCCCAGCCAGAUGGUCCAGGGUGGGGGUCCGGGGCAAACGGUCCUCUCCAGACCCCUCAACCCCGGGCAGAGAGGAGGCAUGACCCCACCCAAGCAGCUGAUGCCCCAGCAGGGCCAAGGGGUGAUGCACGGCCAGGUGGUUGGAGGGCAGGGGCACCAGGCGAUGCUCUUACAACAGCAGCAGCAACAACAACAGCAAAACUCCAUGAUGGAACAGAUGCAACAGAUGCAAGGAAACAAACAGGCGUUUGGGGUGAAAGGUCAAGCCGGGGUCAUGCCAGGUCAGAUGAUGCGGGGUCCGUCUCCUAACGUGCCCGGUAACAUGUCUCAGUUCCAGCAAGCUCAGGUGGGCCAACAGCAGCAGCAGCAACAGAUGACUCCACAGCAGCAGCAUCAACAGCAGCAGCAAAUGGCUCAACUCCAACAACAGCAGCAGCAGCAACACCAGCUACAACAGCAGCAACAACAACAGAUGACCCAGCAGCAGCCCCAACAAGUAUUUCAAUACUUAUUUUCCUUUUUUAUUUGCACUGUGGCAAUUGAUGGUGGAAAACCCAAUUUCCGUUCUGGGUAGCAUUUAAAGGGUGUUAUUUCACUUGCUCAUGCCUUAAUUUGUUCAGGUCCCCAUGGGCGGCAACCCCAACCAGGCCAUGGGUAUGCACGGUCAACAGAUGAGACUCCCCAGUGGUCAUCCUCUGGUCCAGCAGCAGCUACAGCAGCAGCAGCUCCAACAACAACAGAAACAACAACAAGCCAUGCUACAACAGCAGCAACAACAGGCCACGCAGCAACACCCACACGCUCUCGGAGAACCCAGUGGCUGCACAGGCGACAUGGGCAGUGUCCAACAAAUGCUCCAGGACAUGCAGGGUCAGCAACAGCAGCAAGGCAUGAUGGGAAUUGGAGGCCCCCAGCACAUGCAGGUGGGCAACGGCCACUUCUCGGGUCAUGGGAUGAACUUCAACCCCCAGUUCGGGGGUCAAAUGCCCAUGAGUGGGCCGUGCGCUCAGGCAGGGGGGUUCCCAGUGAACAAGGACGUGACGCUGACCAGUCCUCUCCUGGUCAACCUGCUCCAGAGUGAUAUCUCGGCCAGUCAGUUUGGACCUGGGGGGAAGCAGGGGGCUGGAGGACCUGGCCAGGCCAAACCCAAGAAGAAGAAACCACCACGCAAGAAGAAGCCCAAAGUAGGGGAGGGACAGCAGCCGAUGGAGGGGCUAGGGUAGAUAGCUGAAUUUUAUUGAAAUAUAAAGCUAUAUCCUCAUAAGGUAGUCGGUAUUGGACAUGGUUUGUCAUUGAGGUAUUCUUCUUCUCUUCUCCCCAGGUGUCUGGAAGUGGGUGCUGGCCUGGAGGACCCAGAGCUGCCAGGACCGAGUGGGGAACAGGGGGUGGGCAUGGACCCUUCUGGACCCAAACUUUCAGACUUCACCAACAGGCCUGCAGGUAUGCCAUGUUCAUGUUUCUUGGUUUGCUCACUCACAAUGUUAUAUUUUAGUUAAGUGGCUUCUUAUCACUCAUUUUCUCUCAUGUCAGGUUUCCCAGGUCAGCCUGGAGACCAGAGAGUCCUACAGCAGGUGCCCAUGCAGUUCAUGCAACAGCAGCAGCAGCAACAACAACAACAACAACAACAACAACAACAGCAACAACAAAUGCAGCAUAUGCAACAGCUGCAACAGCAGCAGCAGCAGCAGCUGCAGCAACAGCAAAUGCAGCAGCAGCAACAGCAACAGCUGCAGAUGCAACAGCAGAUGCAGGGAAUGCAGGUUCCUCCAGGACAGCAGCAGGGGGUGGCUGGAGCUCUGGGUCAGACUCAAGGCCAGCCACAGAUGCACCCUCAUCAGCUACAACAACAAAAGCAGCAACAACCACACCAUCAGCAGCAGCAACAGCAGGUACCAUCGACUGCCUGUGUGUGUGUGUCGUCAAAAGACACAUUUUCCAUGUUAACUAUGGAUUAUAUAGCUAAUUUGUUCCCGUUGUGUUAUAGCAGCAGAUGCUGAUGAUGAUGAAGAUGCAGCAGGAGCAGGCUAAAAGCCGGAUGCCCCUCCAUCCAGGCGGGCAGCACCCCCCCAGAGGCAUGGUGAACCCCGGGGAGGCCCAGAGGAUGCCUGGCUCCCAGCAGGGCAACAUGCCCGUCAUGAUCAACCUCCAGGGGCACGGAGGAGUGCCCCCCUCCCCAGACAAACCCAGAGGGAUGCCCCUCAUGGUCAACCCACAGGUUGAACACACUAUCUGAUAGAUGUUUUGAAAUGGAAUUAUAUCAUAUUUAUUGUUAUUGUCUUGUAAAUGUUCUAUGCCUGUUGACUUUGGCAGUUUGGACAAAUUAAUUAAUUAAUUUCCCGGUGUGUGUGUAUCAUUUUUCUCUCUCUCUCUCUACUUAUGUAGAUGGCUGGGGCAGCCCGGCGGAUGUCUCACCCCGAGGCAGGACCUGGUCCCCAGGGUACAGGGGCUGAAGAGGCCCCUGGUGGGCUCCACUCCCUGCAGGACAGACCCGGGGGCCAGGAGAUGGUGAUGCAGUCUGGGAACGGGGCCCAACAGAUGGUGGUGAACCAGGGCCCAAACGCCCACAUGAUGAAGCAAGGCCUCGGCCCCUCACCAAUGCCCCAGCACCCUGGAGCCAGCCCUCAACAGCAGUUGCCCCCUCAGCCCCAGCAGGGUGGCCCCAUGCCAGGCCUCCACUUCCCUAACGUCGCCACCACCUCCCAGAGCUCCAGGCCGAAAACACCCAACCGGGCCAGUCCCAGGCCCUACCACCACCCUCUCACCCCUACCAACCGUCCUCCCAGCACUGAGCCCUCUGAGAUCAACCUCUCCCCUGAGAGGCUGAACGCCUCCAUUGCAGGCCUGUUUCCACCGAAGAUCAACAUCCCUCUCCCCCCCAGGCAGCCCAACCUCAGCCGGGGCUUCGACCAGCAGGGUGGGCUCAACCCCACCACUCUCAAAGCCAUAGGACAGGCCCCUCCCAGCCUAACUAUGCCCAGCAACAAUGGAAGUGGUGGAGGUAACUCUAACAACGGUCAGCAGUCUUUCCCUACAGGCAGUGGAAUGGCCAACUCAGGCCAGGGGAAACAGGACAAGCAGUCUGGAGGAGGGCAGGCUAAAAGGGCUAGUCCCAGUAACAGCCGCAGAUCCAGCCCUGCCUCCGGCCGCAAAGCCACUACCCCCAGCCCGGGGAGGCAGAAGGGGGCCAAGAUUGCCCUAACCUCCCCUCCUCACCAGCAACACAUAGUCAACCCCCAGACAGCGCAGACCAUGAUGUUGAGCCCUACCCCAGUGCCUCCUAGCCCGGUCUCUAUCCCACCAGCGGUUGGGGUGGGCCUGGAGGCCCAUCAGAUCCAGAGCCCCUUCCAGGGGUUCCAGGGUAACACAGCUGAGAUGCCCAGGGAAGGGCAAGGAAUGGCAGGUGUAGAGCAGCGGCAGAUGCCCCAGCCUCUGAGGGAGCUCCCUGCCUCCCGGAUAGCUAGCCCUCGUGUCCCAACUCCUCAGGAGGCUAAAGCUGGGCUUGAGCACACGAUGGUAGCAGGGGAGAGGCAGCCUGUACAGAAAGCUCCUCAGCAGGAGUUUGUAUCUGUGUAUGAGGCCUCUCAUGCUCUCAGGGAUGCUCCUACCUCCCUCAACCAGCUGCUGGAUAACGCAGCCACCCCCAGCGUGCCUGCCAGGCCCACUCGGAGUGCUCUGGCUGGGGAUACUAUCUGCAAGGAGAGCACAAAAGCCUCCAUAGAUCAAGAUAACCCAUCCAGUGCUUUUCAGAGCUCAGAUGUGGGGGCUACUGCUGUUGCUACUGCUGCUGCUGUGAACGAGCCAGAAGCUAAACCCAAGCCCAGCUCAACCCCCAGCUCCAAACUCCCAAAUCCAGCCGGUAGUCCUAACCUGCAGCCUAAUGCAAGCCCUAAUCUUAAUGCUAAUCCCAGCCCUAGCCCCAAUCUAAACCCGACUGCUAGCCCCAACCUAAACUCUAACUCCAGCCCUACUCUAAACCCUACUCCUAGUCUCCGUGUCAGUGUGGGCGCUAGCCCCAACACAGCCACAGUCAGUCACAGUAGUCCCAGCCUCAACGUUUCCCCCAGCCCAAACCCUAACUCAAACCCUGCAGUUAGCCGCAAACCAAUCCCCAGCCCUAAACCCCUGGCCAGUGUGUCCACAGUCCUGCAGAUCCCUGCGUCCUCUGCCACCAUCUCCCCCAACAAGAUAACCGUGUUUGUCACCUCCAACCCUAUCAGUUCCACCUCCACCACCCAGGCACCCCCAGCCGUCGUCUCCACUAUGGUGGCCAUGCCCAAUAAGAACAUCAGACCCCAGCAGCUCAGCCAUCAGACCACUGCCCCCCGGCCCCAAUUCAUUACCACGCCUGUGUUUAUUAAUACCGGUACCCCAAUCUUCCAGGUCCCCUCUGCGUCUGUGGCCCCCAACACCACAAUGGUGUCCCAGCCGAUCACCAUGGAAGGACCCAUACAGGUGUCCACCACUAAUAUCCAGCUCACCACUGCUCCAACCCAGGCCCAAGCCCCAGUCACAGGCUCUGCCUGGACCCAGGCUUCUGUGGUCAGUGUGGCCAGCACCCAGCCUGCCCGAACGCUUGGUGAGCAGGUCCAGAUGGCCACUAGACAGGCUUCCCCUGUCCCUGUUAGUAACCUGCCUCCUCCCCAGCAGCAAAGCCCUAGCACUCCCAAGCCAGAGACCCCUGGUGAGGCGCCCCCCGGCCAGAAAUCUAGCCCGCCAGUUGGGCAGCCGUCCGGCCGUCCCAGCCCCUAUCCCAAAGCCUCUGCGUCUGCCAUGUCUCCCUUCCAGCAGCCCUUAGGGUCCCCUCCUCCAUGCUCCCCGUCCCCGGCUGCCCAGGGCAAGCCUGUCCAGGCUCCUGGCUCUGCACCAUUGAGUAGUCCACCAGAUUCCCAGCAGGUUUCUAAGGAACGGCCAGCCCAGCCUUUAGGGGGGGUUUCCCAGCUCCAGACAGGUCUGAACGCUGGGGAUAUGCCCCCUCAUACUUCCCCUGCAUCUCUCACCCAGACUGAGGCCACGGUGUCUGGAGCACAGACUCAGACUGCUUCUGCUGCUGCUCCGAAAGUCACCACUCGUCCUCCUCCCGUAUCAGCUCCAACUCCUGUCCGUGCUCAACCUGCUGCACCAACCCAAUCCCCUGUUUCUGCCCCAGCCUCUACCCCCACCACCCCUCCUCCAGUCUUAGUCCCUGUCAACACCCCAAUCCCUACUACUGCCCCUGUUCCUACCACUGCUACGUUUCUCCCUGAUCCGGCUCCUCCUUCAGCCCCAGUCCCGGUACCAAAUCUCUCCCAAUCUACCUCUCCUGUUGCUGCCACCCCUGGACCCUCCAACCCCCCCAGGGACUCCUCAGCCAUAUCCUCCCCAGCGGCCCCUACCCCUACUGGGGCUCAGCCUGUCCCCACAGCCAUGGAGGCUCCCAGCCAGCCAGCCCCACCAGAGGCCCCAGCACCUGCGGCGAAUACCCAGAUCACCCCAGGUACUAAUCAAUCAAUCAAUCAAUGAUUGAGUAACUUAUUCCUCACAUGUCGACCUUUCAGUGAUAAUAAUAACCUCCACCAUGUCCUUCCUCCCAGUGUCAGUCCAACCUGAACCGCUACAGCAAGUGGAGCCUGCAGCUACCGAAAAGACUGGUAAGUACUGUCACACUAACUGAUCUAUAAGAAAAUGGUGGAUGCUCCGGACCCUUUAUGUAAUGACAUGAUAUGGCUUCUUGGUAACAGAGCACAAAUGGAACAUCCCAUAACAUAUACAAAGAUUGCGGUAUAUGAUGAGGGCACCAUAAAAUGUAACUACUACAGCACAGAAGGACAAGUUACACUACAAAAGUAUGUGGACACCUGCUCGUCGAACAUCUCAUUCCAAAAUCAUGGGCAUUAAUAAGGAGUUGCUGCUUUGCUGCUAUAACAGCCGCCACUCGUCUUGGAAGGCUUUCCACUAAGGUGUUCGAUGGGGUUGAGGUCAGGGCUCUGUGCAGGCCAGUCAAGUUCUUCCACACUGAUCUCGAGAAACCAUUUCAAUAUGGACCUCGCUUUGUGCACAGGGGCAUUGUCAUGCUGAAACAGGAAAGGGCCUUCCACAAACUGUUGCCACAAAGUUGGAAGCACAGAAUAGUCUAGAAUGUCAUUGUAUGCUGUAACGUAAAAAUGUCCCUUCACUGGAACAAAAGGGCCUAGGCCGAACCAUGAAAAAUAGCCCCAGACCAAUAUUCCUCCUCCAACAAACUUUACAGUUGCCACUUUGCAUUGGGGCAGGUAGCGUUCUCCUAGCAUCUGCCAAACCCAGAUACGUCCGUUGGACUUCCAGAUGGUGAAGCGUGAUUCAUCACUCCAGAGAACGUGUUUCCACUGCUCCAGAGUCCAAUGGUGGCGAGCUUUACACCACUCCAGCUGAUGCUUGGCAUUGCGCAUGGUGAUCUUAGGCUUGUGUGCAGCUGCUCGGCCAUGGACACCCAUUUCAUGCUGCUCCCAACUAACAAUAAUUUUGCUGACGUUGCUUCCAGAGGCAGUUUGGAACUCGGUAGUGAGUGUUGCAACCGAGGACAGGCGAUUUGUACGCGCUUCAGCACUCGCCGGUCCCGUUCUGUGAGCUUGUGUGGCCUACCACUUCGCGGCUGAGCUGUUUUUACUCCUAGACGUUUCCACUUCACAAUAGCAGCACUUACAGUUGACCGGGGCAGCUCUAGCAGGGCAGACAUUUGAAGAACUGACUUGUUGGAAAGGUGGCAUCCUAUAACAGUGGCACGUUGAAAGUCACUGAGCUCUUCAGUAAGGCCAAUGUUUGUCUAUGGAGAUUGCAUGGCUGUGUGCUUGAUUUUAUACACCUGUCAGCAACGGGUGUGGCUUAAAUAGCCGAAUCCACUCAUUUGAAGGGGUGUCCACAUACUUUUGUAUAUAUAGUGUAUUAAGUAAUGUUAUAGUCUGGGACCAAAUCUGAAAAUGCUUUUGCUAUAAUAUACUUGUACAGCUCUGGGACCAUGCUUUAAAUGAUGCACUGUAUGCUGUGAACAUAACAUGCUGCUUGCUGUGAUAUUUAGUAACUUUUUUGUUUGUAUUUUUUCCUUCUACAGCAGAAGAAGUUGCCACUGUAACCGAGCAAGGGUGAGGUUCUCAAGACAUAUUUCAAACUUAACAAAAUGUCAGUAUGAAAUAAAUACUUGUCAUGCCAGGGGUGAUUGGGUUAUUCCAUUGCCUGUAAAGGUUAUCAUCAGUAUUCUCUAAGUCUUUGUUAGUAGUUUGCCUUGUCUACAGUAAGUGCCAUGUUUGUAAACAGAAAUGCUUAGACAUUUGUAACAACUGAAAUUCAGGGAGUUAAUUUGGUUGGCAAGGGCAGGGGGGUUACAUGAGGAAAAUCAAUGAGCCAUGUGGUACACUACAUGACCAAAAGUAUGUGGACACCUGCUCGUCGAAGAUCUCAUUACAAAAUCAUGGGCAUUAAUAUGGAGUUGGUCCCCCCCCCCCUUUGCUGCUAUAACAGCCUCAACUCUUCUGGGAAGGCUUUCCACUAGAUGUUGGAACUUUGCUGCAGUGACUUGCUUCCAUUCAGCCACGAGCAUUAGUGAGGUCGGGCACUGAUGUUGGGCGAUUAGGCCUGGCUCGCAGUCGGCAUUCAAAUUCAUCCCAAAGGUGUUCGAUGGGGUUGAGGUCAGGGCUCUGUGCAGGCCAGUCAAGUUCUUCCACACAGAUCUCGACAAACCAUUUCUGUAUGGACCUCACUUUGUGCACGGGGGCAUUGCCAUGCUGAAACAGGAAAGGGCUUUCCCCAAACUGUUGCCACAAAGUUGGAAGCACAGAAUAGUCUAGGAUGUCAUUGUAUGCUGUAGUGUUAAGAUUUCCCUUCACUGGAACUAAGGGGCCUAGCCCGAACCAUGAAAAACCGCUCCAGACCAUUAUUCCUCCCCCACCAAACUGUAUACUUGGCACUAUGCAUUGGGGCAGGUAGCGUUCUCCUGGCAUCUGCCAAACCCAGAUUCAUCCGUUGGACUGCCAGAUGGUGAAGCGUGAUUCACCACUACAGAGAACGCGUUUCCACUGCUCCGAAGUCCAAUGGCGGCAAGCUUUGCACCACUCCAGCCGACGCUUGGCAUUGCGCAUGGUGAUCUUAGGCUUGUGUGCGGCUGCUCGGGCCAUGGAAACCCAUUUCAUGAAGCUCCCGAUGAACAGCUCUUGUGCUGACGUUGCUAGUGAGUUUUGCAAGUGAGGACAGACAAUUUUUAGGCGCUAUGCGCUUCAGCACUCGGAGGUCCCAUUCUGUGAGCUUGUGUGGCCUACCACUUUGCGGCUGAGCCGUUGUUGCUCCUAGACAUUUCCACUUCACAAUAUUUGCACUUACAGUUGACCGGGCAGCUCUAGCAGGGCAGAAAUUUGACGAACUGACUUGUUGGAAAGGUGGUAUCCUAUGACGGUGCCACGUUGAAAGUCAUUGAGCUCUUCAGUAAGGCCAUUCUACUGCCAAUGUUUGUCUAUGGAGAUUGCAUGGCUGUAUGCUCGAUUUUAUACACCUGUCAGCAACGGUUUGGCUGAAAUAGCAGAAUCCACUCAUUUGAAGGGGUGUCCUCACACUUUUGUGUAUAUAUAGUGUAUGUAUGCUUAGCAUGCAAACUAUAUCCAAAUGUCAAAAGACGACAAGUACUACCACUACAUAAGAACUUGGCUGUACUAAUUGAGUAUGAAUAUGGCCAUGUCUGAUGAUGAUUGUUUUCUUCUGGGGAUGAUUAUUAUCACUAAGAGUAUGUUGGGGGACUAAAACCAUGUUUGUUCAGCUUCAUCACAGUUUAGUUUACCGCUGUUUUUCCACUUCUAUCACAGAUGGGCAAAGAAAAGAAAGACGCCCGUCAACUUAGUCUCAAGGUAUGUAUUUACACGUGAGCGCUGCCAGGACGCACGCAGCAGCCCUGUCGUGUCCACCAUUUUGUUAUCUAUCGGAUACCAUUUACGGUGAAGACGGACAGUAUCUGUGGUAGACGAGGAAAAACAGCCCAAUCCGAAGCGGUUUUCCCAACUCAGAGGAAUACCGGAGCGAUAUUCCAGCUUUUACUGGGUAGCUACUGUAGUUACUCCUUUUAUCUUUGUAAAUGACCUCUCCUGCUUUUCUUUUCUAUCUCCCCUGUUGUCUGUGGCUCUGUUUUCUGUCGGGCAUCUAUCAGGGCUGCCGUGGAGAAGCCGAAGGGUCCUAGCAGACGGAGCUCGCGGGCCGACAAGGAGGUGGAGGAGGAGACUGUGGCAGACAGCAUGCAGAGGAAGAGACCGGCCAGGCCUGGAGCCAGUGCCGCUGCUAAAGGUACACACACACACACACUUCCCGCUGAUUUAGGGCACAAACUCGCUGACAUAACAUACUCUUACAUAUAGCUUAAGUUUUUAUUUGAAAGAUAUUCGUCUCAUCAAACAUGUCUCUCGCUCUCGCUCUCUGUCUCUGUGUGUGUCCUUUCAGAAACAGGUGCCAGUCCUACCCAGGCUAAGAGAAGGAAGUCUAAAUGACCACAGUAGUGAAACCCUUGAACUGAACUGUAAAUGUAUUUUUGUCUGUCAAUCAUUCGAUUAGCUUUUUUUCUCCAGGAUUAUGAAUUUUUGAUGGUGAAAAUGUACAGAUAAUUAUUUGACAAAUAAUUGUUUAUGUUUUGUCCCUGCUAUCAUGUGAGGUUGUAGCUAGGAUGCGUUUGUGUGUGUUUAAUUAAUCAUGUGAAGACUGAUAAUAAAACUUCCCUCAAUUGUAUAAUUAUGUUGUAAAACUGAAUAAAUUUUCUACUACUUAUUUGUCCUGUGAUGAAGUGGUUUAAUGUGUUGGACCUCCAAA